CUUUUUAUUUUGAGUCUUUUUGAUACUGAACAUGAUAUCUGAGUGAAGAAUUUUUGUUUUAUUAUUAAGAAAUAAAUGUGUCUUACUUCUUGAGAUCUCCCUGGCUUCAGCAAUUUGUAGUUAUUUCCACUAUAGACCAUUAAGAAUAUAUUUCAAAGGCAAGCUAACAAAGUUCAAGUAAAAAUUAUUUUUUAUAUAUUACAGCUUCUAAUUGGCAUUGGUUUCUUCUCAGGCUAAAGCUGUAUUUUUCUUAAAGGCUUAUAAAAAUUUUGCUGAAAAAAAUGUUGGUGCUUCGGUGCAGGCUUGGAACCUCUUUUCCUGAACUAGAUAACUUGGCACCAAAAGGAAAAAUGAAGAUUCUCCUGGUCUUUCUAGGGCUUCUUGGUAAUUCUGUUGCUAUGCCAAUGCACAUGCCCCGAAUGCCUGGAUUUAGCAGUAAAAGUGAGGAGAUGAUGCGGUAUAAUCAAUUCAACUUUAUGAACGGCCCACAUAUGGCACACCUGGGGCCUUUCUUUGGAAACGGUCUCCCUCAGCAAUUUCCACAGUACCAGAUGCCCAUGUGGCCUCAGCCACCACCCAACACAUGGCACCCACGGAAAUCCUCAGCACCCAAACGUCAUAACAAGACUGAUCAGACCCAAGAAACCCAGAAACUCAACCAGACUCCAUCAAAAAAGCCACCACAAAAGCGGCCUUUGAAGCAGCCAUCACAUACUCCAGCUCAGCCCGAAGAGGAAGCUCAGCCACCUCAGGCAUUCCCACCAUUUGGAAAUGGGCUAUUCCCCUAUCAACAACCACCAUGGCAAAUUCCACAGAGGUUACCGCCACCAGGUUAUGGACGCCCACCAGUCAGCAACGAAGAAGGGGGGAAUCCUUACUUCGGAUAUUUUGGAUAUCAUGGCUUUGGGGGUCGCCCUCCUUAUUAUUCAGAAGAAAUGUUUGAACAAGAUUUUGAAAAACCCAAAGAAGAAGAUCCUCCUAAGGCAGAAAGUCCAGGCACAGAACCCACAGUUAAUUCAACAGUCACUGAGACGAAUUCUACCCAACCAAAUCCUAAAGGGAGUCAGGGAGGAAAUGACACCAGCCCCACAGGAAACAGUACCCCAGGACUAAACACUGGAAACAACCCUCCAGCUCAAAAUGGGAUUGGCCCACUCCCUGCAGUCAACGCUUCAGGCCAGGGAGGGCCAGGAAGUCAAAUCCCAUGGAGACCAAGUCAGCCAAAUAUUCGUGAAAAUCAUCCAAAUCCUAAUAUAAGAAAUUUUCCUUCAGGAAGACAGUGGUAUCUCACUGGUACUGUCAUGGGGCACAGACGGAAUGGGCAUUUUUACAGAAAUCAACAAUUUCAAAGGGGUCCUCGGUGGAACUCCUUUGCUUGGCAAGGUAAACAAGUAGCUCAUCCAGGAAAUCCAGUUUAUCACAAAGCUUACCCUUCUACUUCAAGAGGCAAUUAUCCCAAUUAUGCAGGAAAUCCAGCAAAUCUCAGAAGAAAGCCUCAGGGGCCAAAUAAACACCCUGUAGGAACUAAUGUUGCCCCACUGGGUCCCAAACAUGGCCCUGUUGUUCACAAUGAAAAAAUCCAAAAUCCAAGGGAGAAGCCCCUGGGUCCAAAAGAACAAAUAAUAGUUCCUACAAAGAAUCCAACCAGCUCCUGGAGAAACUCUCAACAGUAUGAAGUUAAUAAAUCAAAUUAUAAACUGCCUCACUCUGAGGGUUAUAUGCCAGUCCCAAAUUUUAAUUCUGUUGAUCAACAUGAAAACUCCUACUACCCAAGAGGAGAUUCCAGAAAAGUCCCAAAUUCUGAUGGACAAACCCAAAGCCAGAAUUUGCCCAAAGGGAUUGUUUUAUGGUCAAGAAGGAUACCAUAUGAAUCAGAAACUAAUCAGCCAGAAUUAAAGCACAGCUCAUAUCAGCCUGCUGUAUACCCUGAGGAAAUCCCUUCUCCUGCAAAAGAACAUUUUCCUGCUGGAAGAAAUACUUGGGACCACCAAGAAAUCUCUCCACCUUUUAAGGAAGAUCCAGGGAGGCAAGAAGAACAUUUACCCCAUCCUUCUGAUGGUUCUAGAGGAAGUGUUUUCUACCCUGAAUAUAACCCAUAUGAUCCCAGGGAAAACUCACCAUACUUUAGAAGCAAUACAUGGCAUGAGAGAGAUGAUUCUCCCAAUACUAUGGGGCAAAAAGAAAGUCCACUCUACCCCAUAAAUACCCCAGACCAGAAGGAGACAGUCCCUUAUAAUGAAGAGGAUCCAACUGAUCCAACUGGAGAUGAAGUCUUUCCUGGACAAAAUAGAUGGGGUGAAGAGUUGAGCUUCAAAGGAGGCCCAACAGUUAGGCACUAUGAAGGUGAACAAUAUACCUCAAAUCAGCCAAAGGAAUAUCUUCCCUAUUCUUUAGAUAAUCCAUCAAAACCAAGGGAGGAUUUUUAUUAUAGUGAAUUCUACCCAUGGAGCCCGGAUGAGAAUCUUCCAUCAUAUAAUACAGCUCCUACUAUGUCACCACCUAUAGAGAGCAGGGGCUACUAUGUUAAUAAUGCUGCUGGACCAGAAGAAAGCACUCUAUUUCCUUCACGGAAUUCCUGGGACCACAGGAUACAAGCCCAAGGGCAGAAAGAAAGAAGGCCAUAUUUUAACAGAAAUAUCUGGGAUCAGGCAACACAUUUACAAAAAGCCCCAGCUAGGCCACCAGACCAGAAAGGUAACCAGCCCUAUUCCAGUAACACACCAGCUGGGCUUCAGAAAAAUCCAAUAUGGCAUGAAGGUGAGAAUGUGAACUAUGGCAUGCAAAUAACUAGGACGAAUUAUCCAGAGAGAGAACAUUCAUCUUUCCCUGACUUCAUCCCACAAAGUUACCCAUCAGGUCAAAAAGAAGCACAUUUAUUUCACCUAAGCCAGCGAGGCUCUUGCUGUGCUGGUAGCUCCACAGGGCCCAAGGACAAUCCACUAGCUCUACAAGACUACACUCCAUCCUAUGGUCUUGCACCUGGGGAGAACCAAGACACCAGUCCUCUGUAUACAGAAGGUAGUCAUACCAAGCAGACAAGACAUAUCAUCUCCCCAACAAGCAUCCUACCAGGCCAAAGAAACAGCUCAGAGAAGAGGGAAAGCCAAAACCCUUUUAGAGAUGAUGUGUCCACUCUGAGGAGGAACACACCAUGUUCUGUAAAGAAUCAACUGGGCCAAAAGGGAAUUAUGCCCUUUCCUGAAGCCAGUUCCCUUCAAUCAAAGAAUACACCUUGUCUCAAAAAUGAUCUUGGAGGAGAUGGGAACAACAUUCUGGAACAAAUUUUGGAAGACAAUCAGCUCAGUGAAAGAACUGUUGACCUUACUCCUGAGCAGCUUGUUAUUGGUACACCUGAUGAAGGCCCCAAUCCAGAAGGCAUCCAAAGUCAAGUCCAAGAAAAUGAGAGUGAGAGGCAGCAACAAAGACCAUCUAGCAUUCUGCAUUUGCCAUGCUUUGGCUCCAAAUUAGCAAAGCAUCACUCUUCCACCACUGGAACUCCAUCUAGCAGUGGAAGGCAAAGCCCAUUUGAUAGGGAUUCAAUUAUGCCUACUGAAAAUCCUAACACAUUGGUUGAGUUAGCUACUGAGGAACAAUUUAAGAGUAUAAAUGUAGACCCACUUGAUGCAGAUGAACAUAGUCCAUUUGAAUUCCUUCAAAGAGGGACCAAUGUACAGGACCAGGUACAAGACUGCUUACUACUUCAGACCUAGGGGUUAUCUCAACCAAGCAUUCUUGGGGAAAGAGAAAUCACUGACAUUCUAUACCAAUGGUUCCCCAAAUUUUUUCCCCAAGACUUAAUUAAGUAUCUGACUGUCUUGGUGAUCCUUAAGUUUUCUCCCCUCUCAGCAAUAGGAGUAGCAAUCCAGGUGGAGCUGAGAUUAGGCCUCUGGGGAUCACCAGAUCUAGCACUUUCACAGAUUAGUGCAGACCUUAAAAAAGCAAGAAGGCCAUAACCAUCCCUGCCUCGAAACUUGGAAGUCACUUGUCUGAGUUAGUUUCCUUUUGCUUGAUGACUUCUUUUGCUCUCAAAGUUCCAUACUUGCAAAAUUGGUUUUUCAAGACUGAAAGGCAGAUUAACUUUCCAUUCUACAUAUGGACAUCCACACAUCAGUAUAGUCCUGAUGCACUGUACGUUUUUUUCUUAUGUUGAUCUUGUCAGGUUUUUUUCCUACUCAAUAUUCUCUUCAAGCAUUUUUUUUCUUCACCUGCCACUCUCUUUACCUUUAUCAUUUCUUUUUCUUAGCUUUCUUCCUUCUUUUCUCUCUCCCUCAACCAUUCUGUAUUUAGCUUUCUAUUCCUCAUCUUUUUCUCUCUAUAUAUCACUUCUUACAUAUUAAGCUAGCUACUUUAACCAUUACUAGUCUCUUCUUUAUGUCUACCUCCUCCAUUAUGUCUUCCUCUCUUCCCACCUACCUGUUUUGUCUCCCAGUGUACCACUUGUCAACUAAUCCCUCUCCUCUCUGACUCCUUUCUUCCCUUCAAUUUAUCUUUUUCCCUGUUACACCAUUUUCAUCUUAAGACUGCAUGUCACUCUCUUCCUUUUUGUAUCCACUCUCCAAAUCGUACCCUAAUUUUUUCUUGACCCAGCUUAACCAUCAUUAUAGAAUAUAUUUUGGAAAUGGUAGACACUGAUAGCUACUUUGUUUUUAGUUAUCUUAGGGUCUCUACCAAGUAGACACAGUUCAGUUAGAGAGACGUAUUUAAGGAUAAGGGAAGGCAGGAUACCCAGAACUAGCAGCCUAAGGCAAAGGCUUAGGAAGAUGGAGAAUGAGGAACUGAAGAAACUGCCGCUCUGAGACUGCACAUCCAGGAAAAAAGACUAGGACUUGCCAUACACUGCCAAUUCAUAAUCCACAGGAUCUGUAGAAGACAUUUUGGGAAACAUUGUCUUAAAUAAAAACUCAAUGUUUAGUUGUUUUUUUUUACUAGCUCAGCAUAAGGGAUUCUACCAGUAUGUGCUACUACUAACAUUCUUCAUGUCCAUGCAGAAUUACUUACAGACACUCUUUCUUGGUAUCUUGAAUAAAUUGUGUAAAUUAUUUUGAAAAGUGGAUAUGUCUAUAUGCCUUGCUUAUAAUACAUCAGGGAUUAUUAUUAUUAUUAAUAACAUGUUGGCCUAUUAUCUGGAUAUCCCUUGCCUAGAGCAGGAAAAAAGUCUCGGAAUUGCCUAAAAACAUACUUUAUAACUUUAAGAGAUUUCUUAGGAUAAAUUUUCAGGGGCAGAUUUCAUAACAGGGUCUCACAAAUUUGGGGAAACACAAAGUUGAAAACUUCCCGAGAAAAGGAAUCUUGCCCUUGAAUCUUCUGAAGUACCUAGCACAGUGUCUUGAACAUAGAAGCUACCCAAUAAAUAUAUAUCAAUUGAUUUUUUAAUGACUUUCAACACUCCCAUGAAAACACCGUAGUCUGCUUUUCCUGAAAGGUGACUGUCUAGGAUGCUGAAUGAGCCACCACUCCGUAGCUUUAUAUAUUCAACAACAUUUCCAUCAUAGAAUUUCAGCGUUAGAAGGGAUCUUAGAGGUAGAUUAUCCAGGCCAUCCCCUAGUGCUUACAUUCCCCUCCCCCUGGCCAGUUUUAUAUUUUAAUCACACAUUGAAAAAUUCAUUAAUUUAUUCUGUAUAAAACUGUCUUUUAAGAAUUAUCCUUUCAAAAUAAAAAUGUUAUUGUUUCACUA